GGGUGACUGACGCGAUUGGAAAUGGGUGAGAGCGGGUGGAUCAGGUCGGGAAAGCGAGAGGAGGAAUGGAGUUGGCGAGUCGGGGGGAGUUAGAUGAUUCAAGGACUGCCAGAUUUUUCUCUGACUCCAGUGCUCCUGAUAUCUUUUCAGCUGCAGGCUCCAGUAGAUUCUAAAUUUGAACUUAUUUCAGAGGGUAUUAGAAGGGGAGGAUUUGGAGUUGGAAAAAUAAAUCCAAACAUCACAUCAUGAUGGAGCCACCAAUUUUAUCAUAACUCGAAGAUCUUCAGAUUUUGAACAUGGAAGGAAAAAGCACCAUUCACAGCGGAGAUAAACCGUACACGUGUUCUGUGUGUGGACGAGGCUUCAGCCGAUCAUCUGGCCUGUCAAAGCAUAAAUGCAGCCAGAAUGGGGAGAAGCCGUGGAAAUGUGGGGACUGUGGGAAGGGAUUUGAUUAUCCAGUUAGGCUAGAAACUCAUCGGCGUAGUCACACUGGAGAGAGGCCAUUCACCUGCUCCAAAUGUGGGAAGGGAUUCACCCAGUCAUCCGCUAUGCUGGCACACCAGCGCAGUCACACUGGGGAGAGGGCAUUCACCUGCUCUGAAUGUGGGAAGGGAUUCACUCAGUCAUCGCACUUCCUGACACACCAGAGAGUUCACACUGGGGAGAGACCGUUUACCUGCUCCGACUGUGGUAAGGGAUUCAUUCAGUCAUCCCACCUGCAGAAACACCAGCGCAGUCACACAGGGGAGAGGCCGUUCACCUGCGCUGAUUGCGGAAAGGGAUUCACUCAGUCAUCCCACCUGCUGAAACAUCAGCGACUUCACACUGGGGAGAGGCCAUUCACCUGCUCUGAGUGUGGGAAGGGAUUCACUCAGUCAUCCGACUUGCUGUUACACCAGCGAAUUCACUCUGGGGAGAGACCUUUCACCUGCUCCAGGUGCGGGAAAGGAUUCAUUCAGUUGUCCCACCUGCACACACACCAGCGAGUUCACACUGAUGAGAGACCUUUUAAAUGUCCAGAUUGCGGAAAGUGCUAUAAAAGUUCCGGGGAACUGAUGUACCAUCGACGUGUUCACACUGAUGAGAGACCGUUCAGGUGCUCUCACUGCGGGACUGGGUUCAGACAAUCAUCUGUCCUCAUUGUACACCAGCGAAUUCACACUGGGGAGCGACCAUUCACCUGUUCUGAGUGUGGAAAGGGAUUCACUCAGUCAUCCGACCUACUGACACAUCAGCGAGUUCACACUGGGGAGAGACCGUUCACUUGCCCCAAGUGCGGGAAGGGAUUUAUUAAUUCAACCAACCUGCUGAGACACCAGAAGGUUCACACUAGGGAAAGGCAAUUCACCUGCGCUGAGUGUGGGAAGGGCUUCAUUCGGUCAUCCAACCUGCUGAAACACCAGAACGUUCACACUAGGGAAAGGCCGUCCACCUACUCCGAGUGAGGGAAGAAAUUCACUCAGCCAUCCAGUUGGAACACCCACAUGUUCACACUGAUGGAAGACCUUUUAAAUGUCCAGAGUGCAGGAAGGGUUAUACAGUUUCCCAGGAACUGAUGUUCCACCAACUUGUUCUCACUGACGACAGACCACUCAGGUGUUUACACUGCGGGACUGUGUUCACUAUUCACUUCAACUCACUACACCAGCAAAUUCACACUCGUGAGAGGUCGUGUACCUGUUGUGAAUGUGGCAAUGGAUUUGCUUAUUUAUCCCAUGUCCUGAGUCACCAGUGAAUGUGAUUGUCAUAUCCAAGACUGAACUCGGGCCUGUUUCUGCUAAUGUUAAUAAACUCAAGCCCAGUUAAUGUUAAUAUUCUGAAUAAAACUCAAAUAAAUCAGCUUUUGUUAAA